AGAUGGCGGCCGAGCGGUGACGUCCCGUGGGCCCGGCCUCCUCAGCCGGGGCGAGGGCGCGUGACGGGAUCACCGACGGACUGAACGAGGCGAACAUGCCGGAGAUCCCGGCCUCCGAGCCGGAAGGCGGAGUCAAAGCCAGGGUCAAGGUCGGAGCUGCCCCUCGCCCCGAGCGGACCGACAUCUUCUUCGAAGAAGAGGAUCUGCAGUAUGAGGAGGAGAUCCUGCGGAACCCCUUUUCCGUCAAGUGCUGGUUCCGCUACAUCGAGUUUAAGCAGAGUGCCCCCCGCCACGUGCUGAACCUGCUGUACGAGCGGGCCCUCAAGGAGCUGCCGGGCAGUUACAAGCUGUGGUAUCACUACCUGAAGGCCCGGCGAGGCCAGGUGAAGUCCCGCUGUGUGACCGACCCAGCCUAUGAAGACGUCAACAACUGUCACGAGCGAGCACUGGUGUUUAUGCACAAGAUGCCACGCCUGUGGCUGGAUUACUGCCAGUUCCUGAUGGAGCAGGGCCUCAUCACCCGGACCCGCCGCACCUUCGACCGGGCUCUGCGGGCCCUGCCCAUCACCCAGCACCCACGCAUCUGGCCCCUCUACUUGCGCUUCGUGCGCCUGCACCCGCUGCCGGAAACGGCCGUGCGAGUGUACCGCCGCUUCCUCAAGCUGAGCCCCGAAAGCGCAGAGGAAUACAUCGAGUACCUACGCUCCAUCGACCGGCUGGACGAGGCUGCUCAGCGCCUGGCAACCGUCGUCAAUGAUGAGCGCUUCAUCUCAAAGGAGGGCAAAUCCAACUACCAGCUGUGGCACGAGUUGUGUGACCUGAUCUCCCAGAACCCAGACAAGGUCCAGUCCCUGAAUGUCGGUGCCAUCAUCCGCGGGGGUCUCACUCGCUUCACCGACCAACUGGGCAAGCUGUGGUGCUCGCUGGCCGACUACUACAUCCGCAGCGGCCACUUCGAGAAGGCCCGGGACGUGUACGAAGAGGCGAUCCAGACGGUGGUGACCGUGCGGGACUUCACCCAGGUGUUCGACAGCUACGCCCAGUUUGAGGAGAGCAUGAUCGCCGCCAAGAUGGAGACCACCUCCGAGCUGGGGCGGGAGGAAGAGGACGACGUGGACCUGGAGCUGCGGCUGGCCCGGUUUGAGCAGCUCAUCGGCCGGCGGCCCCUGCUGCUCAAUAGUGUCCUGCUGCGCCAGAACCCGCACCACGUGCACGAGUGGCACAAACGCGUCAAGCUGCACGAGGGUCAGCCCCGAGAGAUCAUCAACACCUACACCGAGGCCGUGCAGACGGUGGAUCCCUUCAAGGCCACGGGCAAACCCCACACGCUGUGGGUGGCCUUUGCCAAGUUCUACGAGGACAACGGGCAGCUGGAGGAUGCCCGCACCAUCCUGGAGAAGGCCACCAAGGUGAACUUCAAGCAGGUGGAUGAGCUGGCCAGCGUGUGGUGUGAGUGUGGGGAGAUGGAGCUGAGGCACGAGAACUACGACCAGGCCCUGCGGCUGUUGCGGAAAGCGACGGCCCUGCCCUCACGCCGAGCCGAGUACUUUGACAGCUCGGAGCCCGUGCAGAACCGUGUCUACAAGUCUCUGAAGGUGUGGUCUAUGCUGGCCGACCUGGAGGAGAGCCUGGGCACCUUCCAGUCCACCAAGGCUGUGUACGACCGCAUCCUGGACCUGCGCAUCGCCACGCCCCAGAUCGUCAUCAACUAUGCCAUGUUCCUGGAGGAGCACAGCUACUUCGAGGAGAGCUUCAAGGCCUACGAGCGCGGCAUCUCGCUGUUCAAGUGGCCCAACGUGUCGGACAUCUGGAGCACGUACCUGACCAAGUUCAUCGCCCGCUACGGGGGCCGCAAGCUGGAGCGGGCGCGGGACCUGUUUGAGCAGGCGCUGGACGGCUGCCCUCCCAAAUACGCCAAGACCCUGUACCUGCUGUAUGCACGGCUGGAGGAGGAGUGGGGCCUGGCCCGGCACGCCAUGGCCGUGUACGAGCGGGCCACCCGGGCCGUGGAGCCCGGCGAGCAGCACGACAUGUUCAACAUCUACAUCAAGCGGGCGGCCGAGAUCUACGGCGUGACCUAUACCCGCAGCAUCUACCAGAAAGCCAUUGAGGUGCUCUCAGACGAGCACGCCCGAGAGAUGUGCCUCCGCUUCGCCGACAUGGAGUGCAAACUGGGAGAGAUCGACCGAGCCCGCGCCAUCUACAGCUACUGUUCCCAGAUCUGCGACCCCCGUACGACAGGGGCGUUCUGGCAGACGUGGAAGGACUUUGAGAUCCGGCACGGGAACGAAGACACGAUCCGGGAGAUGCUGCGGAUCCGCCGCAGCGUCCAGGCCACGUACAACACCCAAGUCAACUUCAUGGCCUCCCAGAUGCUCAAGGUUUACAGCAACGCCACGGGCACCGUGUCUGACCUGGCCCCGGGUCAGAGCGGACUAGACGACAUGAAGCUGCUGGAGCAGAGGGCCGAGCAGCUAGCAGCCGAGGCUGAGCGGGACCGAGCCCCCAGGACCCAGGGCAAGAUCCUCUUUGUCAGGAGUGACGCCUCCCGCCACGAGCUGGCCGAGCUGGCCCAGCAAGCCAACCCUGAGGAGAUUCAACUAGGGGAGGAGGAGGAUGAGGAGGAGGAAGGAGAAGAGCUGCAGCCCAAUGAGGUGCAGCUCGAGCAACAGAGCAUCCCGGCCGCCGUCUUUGGGGGGCUCAAGGAAGACUGAGCCGCCCUCACCCCCCACCCCCCCCCUUGCUAAUAAAAUGAGUUUGUAAUUCUG